AGGUACAAGAGCGUGGUGACACCCCGGCGGGCAGCAGUGGCCAUCGCUUGCUGUUGGAUCAUCUCCUUUCUGGUGGGCCUCACCCCAAUGUUUGGCUGGAACAACCUGAACAAGAUGAGGACUCAGGAGCCGAACUCCAGCCACACAGACUUUGUCAUCAAGUGCCAGUUUGAGACAGUCAUCAGCAUGGAGUACAUGGUGUACUUCAACUUCUUUGUCUGGGUCCUGCCUCCUCUGCUGCUGAUGCUGCUCAUCUACCUGGAAGUCUUCAACCUCAUCCGUAAGCAACUCAACAAGAAGGUCUCCUCGAGCUCCAAUGACCCCCAGAAGUACUAUGGGAAGGAGCUGAAGAUCGCUAAGUCCUUAGCACUGGUUCUCUUCCUCUUUGCUCUCAGCUGGCUGCCCCUGCACAUCCUCAACUGCAUCACCUUGUUCUGCCCAUCCUGUGAGACCCCUCACAUCCUCACCUACAUUGCCAUCUUCCUCACCCAUGGCAACUCGGCCAUGAACCCCAUCGUCUAUGCCUUCAGGAUCAAGAAGUUCCGCACGGCCUUCCUGCAGAUCUGGAACCAGUACUUCUGCUGCAAAACCAACAAGAACUCCACCAGCACCACCAUGGCUGAGCCUGCCAACUAG